GUUGAUGUUAGGAAUGCUAGGCUAACUGGCUGCACUGAGUGUUUUGUCCGACUCGUUCGUGUUGCAGAUACACGAGAUGAGUUUUAGAUAUUGAGGCACCGGUAUAAUUUUGUACGCAGCGUAUUUAUUUUAGGUUUAGAGAGUAGAGGAGAGGAAUACGAGAGGAGGGAGCCCGAUGCAGUCAGCUGCAGAGACUGUGGAGAAUGCCUCCAUCCUGUCAGGUGGCUCGGCCCAGGACGGUCAUCGGCUGUGGAUCGGCAACAUUGACCCCAAAAUCACAGAGUAUCACCUAGUGAAGCUUCUGGAGAAGUUCGGGAAAGUAAAGCAGUUUGACUUUCUGUUUCACAAGUCGGGUCCUCUGGAGGGCCAGCCAAGAGGAUACUGCUUCGUCAACUUCCACACCAAAGAGGAGGCUGAGCGGGCUAUUCAGUGUCUGAACGGGAAGUUGGCACUUUCUAAGAAGUUAGUGGUACGGUGGGCUCAUGCACAGAGAUUUGAACCCUUCCGAGGAGAAAAAAAUAUGCCAGCCAGUUUAGAGCCUUCAUCCAGUGAAGCUGAGGAUCUGCCAACCUCACUGAGUGUUAAUGCAAAGAUCCGUGCCAUCGAAGCAAAGCUGCAGAUGAUGGAAGAAAACCCAGAUGACUAUUCCGGACCCUCUGCUUACACCUAUAACAAACCCCCCGAUAAAAGAGAAAAGAGGUCUCAACCCUACCAUAAGCAUUUUCGCAAACACAGGAGAUGACCUCUCCAAAAACUGGCCAAGUGCCGCUGCAUUAAACGAACUGAGAUGUGCGCAGAUAAGCUGUUCUUGUCUCUUGGCCAGUGUGAGACUGUAAUAUAUUAUGUGAAGAAGCAGUUGAACACCUUUGAUUUGUAGUGUUGUUCUGAUUCUCAGUCUUUUUACUGAAAACGAUGACUGGUGUAAACAGAAUCUAACCACACAAUUCUAGUAAUUUUUUUUUUAUAAUAAUGUUGCCCAAGUUAUUUCAGUUCUUCAGGGUUUAAAGGGAUACUUCGGUCGAAUGGAAAAUUCUGCUAUCGUUUACUCGCCUUCAUGUUGUUCCAAAAUAUCCUAAGAGGAUAUUUUGAUAAAUGUUUAUCAGUGGGGUCCAAUUUUAAAAUUUGGCACAAAAGGGUGAAUAAAUGAUGACAGAGUGUUUCUUUUUUUGGCUGCACUGUCUCUUUAAGAGUUCUGCACCUUUUCAAACAAUCUCAGUUUACACUCUUUUCUCAAUCUUCCUUCCAGUUUGUCUGUUUUAUAUAAUCACUUGUAAACUGCCCCAUGUACUGAUUGUGAAAGUGGUGUUGUGUGUUGUGAGUCUUAUACAUCGACAUACUACUCAAUCUAUCAUUCUUUGUUACACUGUUGGGUUUGUAUGCGUUAAGAAAGCACAAUAUUCUGCAUUAUUUAAGUAUCAAUAACCUGCCUUUUAAGUCUAAAGUGAAAAGGGCUUUUAUUACGAGGAACAUCACGACAGUGGAUGUCAUCAACAGUGUAAAUAUUCAGGUAUUUUGACAGAUUUUUGCUCCUGUCAUGUUAAAAAUAAACGAAAGGACCUCCUGUGAGGUGUCCGAA